AUGCCCCCGACGCUCACGGCCCUGCUCUGCCUCGGGCUGAGCGUGGGCCUGGGGACCCCAGUGCAGGCAGGGACCCUCCCCAAACCCACCCUCUGGGCGGAGCCAGGCCCUGUGAUCCCCUGGGGGAGCCCGGUGACCAUCUGGUGUCAGGGGAUCUUAGAGGGUAAGGAGUACCAUCUGAAUAAAGAGGGAAACCCAAUGCCUUGGGAGAGACGGAAACCACUGGAUCACGGAAACAAGGCCAAGUUCUCCAUCACACUAGUGACAGAGCGCACGGCAGGGUUAUAUCACUGUAACUAUCGGAGCCCCACGGGCUGGUCAGGGCCCAGUGACCCCCUGGAGCUGGUGGUGACAGGGGUCUACAGCAAACCCAGCCUCUCGGCCCUGCCCAGCCCUGUCGUGACCUCAGGAGGGAACGUGACCCUCCAGUGUGGCUCAUGGGAGGGAUUUGACAGGUUCAUUCUGACGAAGGAAGGAGAACGCAGGCUCUUCUGGGCCCUGGACUCACAGCGACACCCCAGUGGGCAGUCCCAGGCCCUGUUCCCUGUGGGCCCCGUGACCCCCAGACACCGGUGGAGGCUCAGGUGCUAUGGCUGUUACACGGACAGACCCCAGGAGUGGUCACAGCCCAGUGACCCCCUGGAGCUGCUGGUCUCAGGAGGCUCAGGGAAGCCCUCCCUCCUGACCCAGCAGGGCCCCAUCGUGGCCGCUGGACAGAGCCUGACCCUCCAGUGCCGCUCGGACCUCGGCUAUGACAGGUUCGCUCUGUCCAAGGAGGGGGCACAGGACCCCCCCCAGAGCACUGCCCUGCAGCCCCGGGCGGGGCUUCUGGACAUGGUGCGGGGAUCCCACGGGGGCCGGUACAGGUGCUACAGGGGACACAGCCCCUCCUCCGAGUGGUCGGCCCCCAGUGACCCCUUGGACGUCCUGGUGGCAGGAUGGCUCCCUGACAGACCCUCCCUCUCGGUGCAGCCAGGCCCCACGGUGGCCUCAGGAGAGAAGGUGACUCUGCUGUGUCAGUCACGGAGCCCGAGGGACACCUUCUUUCUGACCAAGGAGGGGGCGGCUGACCCCCCCCUGUGGGUCAGACGACAGCCCCGAGCUCAGCAGCACCAGGCAGAGUUCUCCAUGGGGCCCGUGACCUCGGCCCACGGGGGCACCUACAGGUGCUACAGCGCAAACCACAGCAGCCCCUACCUGCUGUCGCAGCCCAGUGACGCCCUGGAGCUCCUGGUCUCAGACUCCCAGACCCAAAACUACACAGCGGGGAAUCUCGUCCGCAUGGGCGUGGCUGGCCUGCUGCUGCUGGUCCUCGGGGGGCUGCUGUUUCAGGCUCAGGACACCGAGAGGACGGCCCACGCUGCCGCCAGGAUAUGCUACGCUUCCUCCAGCUCCUACCCCCACGGGUGGUCACACCGCAGGGACCCUCUGCGCAUCCAGGUCACAGCUUCACGGAUCCCAGCCGCGCGCCCCGUCGAUCCGGCCCGCGGCGUUGUGCUGGGUGACCUACUUCGCCCCGACGUGCUCAGGGCCGGCUCCGAGGGCGCAGGGUGCGUUGCCGCCGGACGGGCGGAGCACAGCCCCGCCGAGGGCCUGGGUGUGCGCCCGCCGCGCCACCCUGCUGGCCGCCGAGGUAUUCGCCGACCUGCGUGGGAAGCCGCGGAGUCCCGGGGAGGCGCCGCGCCGCCCUCCACCUCCCCGUGCCCCAGCACCUGGCCCCGGUCCUGCGCCUGCACCGCCGCCGCCGCCGCCGAGAGCCACCUCUGUCCCUUUGCAAGCUGA